UAUAUUUUCUGUUAUUCCUUUUUGAAACCGCAACAAGUAAAUUGGCAAUUCAAUGCAGGCAUUUUAUUUCCAUCAUAUUACAAUAUUUAACUUUUUUAUUUAAACUGAAAAAACGAAAAAUCAUCACCCAGAUAGGCAAACGACAUCGCAGCAUUUGCCCCAUAGGUCAACUUACGCAUAGUAGUCAUCUAUAUAAAUGAGCUGUCAAUAGACGAAUUCGUUUCAGUAUAAGUAUACAUACCGGUAGUUGAUGAGGUAGUAUACUGGUAUCCUAUACUUAAAUAUAUUAUUAAAGUUUCUUUAGUUCCGUGUGUCGACAUGUUGGUGAAAUUCGCCCUCGCCGCCGUAAUGGCAAUUGGAGUUCUGGGGCGCACGGUUCCCGAAAGGGAUAGGUUCUUCACGUCUGCCUAUUGCGGAAGUGGCAAUAUCCAGCAAGCGCGGGAUUCCGUAUCAACAUUCGAUCAAUGUCUGAAAGACAUUUAUACAGAGGAGAGUUUUACGAAUGAGGUUACGUUAGCGCAGCUCAACAAUAAUCAGGACAAAAUUGUUAAAGCGUUCUGCGACAGAUCGUCGCAGCUGAAGGCCUGCUCACAACCGCUAAUCACAAAUAUAUCGCCGUGUUUCACCGCCACUGAAUUACGCAUAUACCAACAACAAUUCUAUAAAAUAGUCGACUUCUUCUGCGGUAACGAUGCUGCGAAAGCAAUAUCGUUCGUUAAAGAAGGUGGCUAUGUGUGCCUGGAACAGGCCAAUUUCGCAUCCUGCAGAAACAACACGCAAUCAGAGAUCACUCGGCUCAUUGAUGUAUAUGGAAGUGGGCCAGCAAUUCCUGAAAAGGAGAGGUGCAAAAUAGACCAACAGGAAAACGCAUGUGAGACGGCCAUAAUGAAAGAUUGCGCGAAACCAAAUCUUGAUAAAAUUAUUGACGAACUAGUGAAUGCCGUGGAUAUUAAGUGCGAAGAAUAAAAUGAUAAAUAUCGAAAAUCGCAGUGCUACUUACAGGAAACAUAUACGCGUGCGAAAUGUUUUGAAUUAUGCUAUAAAAUAUAUUUUAAUAAAAUUAAUUUGGUUUUGA